AUGAUGCAAAAGUGUUUACUUCUAUUGAGUGCACUAGUAGUAGUGACAACAUCGUUAACUUAUUACGGAAAACCAUAUAUACGCAUACGUCAAGGUGACAAACCAAAUCAAUUAAUAAUAAAUAUACGACAUCCUUGCACGAACGAAACACGCACUAAGAUCCAUGAACAUUGUACAACCACAACAACGAAACCUAGAGAAGAUAAAUGCUAUGAUGAAUCUGGUGGCCUUAAAGGAGGUGGUGAGACCACAACAGCUGUAUUAGUAUCACAAAGCACUGAAAGUGAGUGGAUAACCGAAAGGUCCACUCCCCAAUCUGAAGAUCUUUUGAGUACAAUUACAUCGCCGCAAACCACUUUGCCCCAAAAUAUCACGACAUCAGAUUGUCAAGACUCUACUGAAUGCAACAACGACUGCGAAAAUUCGGAAAGCUGCAAUAUAUAUCCAGAUAGCCAAGAAAAAGACUGCAGCGAGUCCAGUAGCUGCAAUUUAUCCGACAGUGUACAAAGGGACUGUAAAAGUUCCGAAAGUUGCAGCUCAUCUUCGGAAAGUGAAGACAAAGACUGCAGUAAAACAAACCAAUGUGACUCGUCAUCAGAAAGUAAAUCACAAAAUUGUAUGGAGUCAAGAAGUUGCGACACUUCAGUAAGUACAGAAAUGGACUGUAAAUCAUCACAAAGUUGCGAUAGUUCACCUGAAAGUAAAGAUAAAGACUGUGAAAGUUCAAAAAGUUGUGGCGACUCAUCCGAAAGUAAGGAACCACACAGCAAAGAAAAAAGCUGCGGUGACUCCAUUACUUGUGACAUUUCAUCAGAAAGUAAGUCACACGAAUGUACACUGCCGAAAAAUUGUGACUCCUCAUCAGAAAUUGAAGAACCAGAAUGUAAAUCGAGUUGCAAUAGUUCAUCAGAAAGUAAAGAAAAUUCCUGUGAAAAAUCGAAAUCUUGCGACAGCCAGGAAAAAGAAUGCGACUCGUCGACGGAAACUAAAGAAAUCAAUUGCAAUUACAACUCUACAGUAAGGACACCCACUAUACCUUCCAUGACGGAGCUUAGCACCACUCCACAAACAACCGAGGAAUUGGCAGAACUGUCAACUGAAAACCCCCACCCCACAACUCCCCAGACAACUGGCCUAAGUGAUGUAGAAACCACUAGAUCUAGAACGUUUACGACAGAGGAAUCUACAGAAGAGUUGUCAACUGAAGCACCUCUCACCACAAUUCCACAGCCAACAGGCCCAAGUGAUGUAGAAACUACUAGAUCUAGAAUGACUACGACAGAGGAAUCUACGGAAAAGUUGUCAACUGAAACACCUCUGACCACAAUCCCACACACAACUGAUAUAGAUGAUGUAGAAACUACUGGCUCUGGAAUUUCUAUAACAAAGUCAUCAACAGAAGAGUGGUCAACUGAAACACCUCUGACCACAAUUCCACAAACAACUGGCACAAGUGAUGUAGAAACUACAAGAUCUGGAAUGACUACGACAGAGGAAUCUACAGAAGAGAUGUCAACUAAACUACCUCGGACCACAAUUCCACAAACAACUGAUGUAGAAUCUACUACAUAUGGAAUGUCUACGACAGAUGAAUCUACAGAAGAGUUGUCAACUGAAACACCUUUGGCCACAAUUCCACAGACAACUGGACCAAGUGAUGUAGAAACUACUAGAUCUAGAAUGACUACGACAGAGGAAUCUACAGAAGAGAUGUCAACUAAACUACCUCGGACCACAAUUCCACAAACAACUGAUGUAGAAUCUACUACAUAUGGAAUGUCUACGACAGAUGAAUCUACAGAAGAGUUGUCAACUGAAACACCUCUGACCAAAAUUCCACAGACAACUGGACCACGUGAUGUAGAAACUACUAGAUCUGGAAUGACUACGACAGAGGAAUCUACAGAAGAGAUGUCAAUUGAAACAACUCUCACUACAAUUCCACAGACAACCGAUGUAGCUGAUGCAGAAACUACUGGCUCUGGAAUUUCAACGACAAAGUCAUUCACAGAGGAGUUGUCAACUGAGAAGCCUUUGACUACAAUUCCACAGACAACUGGCCUAAGUGAUGUAGAAACUACUAGAUCUGGAAUGUCUACGACAGAGAAAUCUACAGAAAAGAUGUCAACUAAAACACCUCUGACCACAAUUCCACAGACAACUGGCCCACCAAGUGAUAUAGAAACUACUAGAUCUGGAAUGUCUACGACAGAGGAAUCUACAGAAGAGUUUUCAACCGAAACACCAACUGUUGCAGAUGAUGUAGAAACCACUGACUCUGGAAUUACUACGACAAAGUCGUCAACAGAAGAGUUGUCAACUGAAACACCUCUUACAACGAUUCCACAGACAACUGGCCCAAGUGAUAUAGAAACUACUAGAUCUGGAAUGUCUACGAUAGAGGAAUCUACAGAAGAGUUCUCAACUGAAAUACCUCCCACCAAAAUUCCACAGACAACUGAUGUAGAUGAAGUACAAACUUCUGGCUCUGGAAUUUCUACGACAAAGUCAUCCACAGAAGAGUUGUCAACUGAAAAACCUCUAACCACAAUUCCACAGACAAGUGGCCCAAGUGCGGUAGAAACUACUAGCUCUGGAAUGUCUACGACAGAGGAAUCUACAGAAGAAAUGUCAACCAAACCAACACAGACCACAAUUCCGCAGACAACUGAUGUAGAUGAAGAAGAAACUACUACAUAUGGAAUGUCUACGGCAGAGGAAUCUUCAAAAGAGUUGUCAACUGCAACACCUUUCACCACAAUUCCACUGACAACUGGCCCAACUGAUGUAGAAACUACUAGACCUGGAAUGUCUACGACAGAGGAAUCAACAGAAGUGUUGUCAACUAAAACACCUCUGACCACAAUUCCACAGACAACUGAUGUAGAUGAUGUAGAAACUACUGGCUUAGUAUCUACUAGAUCUGGAAUGUCUACGCCACAGGAAUCUACAGAAGAGUUGUCAACUGAAAUACAUCCGACAACAGUUCCAAAGACAACUAGCGCAGAUCAUGUAGAAACUACUGGUUCUGGAUUGUCUACGACAGAGGAAUCUACGGAAGAGUUGUCAACUGAAAAACCUAUGACCACAAUUCCACAGACAACUGGCCCAAGUGCGGUAGAAACUACUAAAUCUGGAAUGUCUAUUACAGAGUUAUCUACAGAAGAGAUGUCAACUACACCAAUUCUGACUACAAUUCCACAGACAACUGGCCCAGGUGAUGUUGAAACAACUAGAUCUGGAAUGUCUACGACAGAGGAAUCUUUAGAAGAGUUGCCAACUGAAACACCUCUCACCACAAUUUCACAGACAACUGGCCCAAGUGACGUAAACACUACUAAGUCUGGAACGCCUACGAUAGAGGAAGAGUUGUCAACUGAAACACCUCUCCCUACAACUCCCGGCAACCCAGAGAAAGACUGCAGUGAGUCCAGCAGUUGCGAAUCAUCCCAGAGUAUAGAAAGGGACUGUAAAAAUUCCGAAAGUUGCAGCUCAUCUUCGGAAAGUGAAGAAAGUAAAUCACAAAAUUGUAUGGAGUCAAGAAGUUGCGACACUUCAGCAAGUAAAGAAAUAGACUGUAAAUCAUCACAAAGUUGCGAUAGUUCAUCUGAAAGUAAAGAUAAAGAGUGCGAAAGUUCAAAAAGUUGUAACGAUUCAUCCGAAAGUAAGGAACCACACAGCAAAGAAAAAAGCUGCGGUGACUCAAUUACUUGUGACACUUCAUCAGAAAGUAAGACACACGAAUGUACACUGUCGAAAAAUUGUGACUCCUCAUUAGAAAUUGAAGAACCAGAAUGUAAAUCAUCACAGAGUUGCAAUAGUUCAUCAGAAAGUAAAGAAAAUUCCUGUGAAAAAUCGAAAUCUUGCGACAGCCAGGAAAAAGAAUGCGACUCGUCGACGGAAACUAAAGAAAUCAAUUGCAGUUACAACUCUACAGUAAGAACACCCACUAUACCUUCCAUAACGGAACUUAGCACCACUCCACAAACAACCGAGGAAACGGUAGAAAUCACAACUGAAAACCCCCGCCCCACAACUCCCCAGACAACUGGCCUAAGUGAUGUAGAAACCACUAGAUCUAGAAUGUCUACGGCAGAGGAAUCUAAAGAAGAGUCGUCAACUGAAGCAUCUCUCACCACAAUUCCACAUACAACAGGCGCAAGUGAUGUAGAAACUACUAGAUCUGAAAUGUCUACGAGAGAGGAAUCUACAAAAGACUUUUCAACUGAAACACCUCUGACCACAAUUCCACACACAACAGAUAUAGAUGAUGUAGAAACAACUGGUUCUGGAAUUUCGACGACAAAGUUAUCAACAAAAGAGUUGUCAACUGAAACACCUCUUACAACAAUUCCACAGACAACUGGCCCAAGUGAUGUAGAAACUACUAGACCUGGAAUGUCUACGACAGAGGAAUCUUCAGAAGAGUUGUCAACUGAAACACCUCUGACCACAAUACCACAGACAACUGGCACAAGUGAUGUAGAAACUACUAGAUCUGGAAUGACUACGACAGAGGAAUCUACAGAAGAGAUGUCAACUAAACUACCUCGGACCACAAUUCCACAAACAACUGAUGUAGAUGAUGUAGAAACUACUACUUAUGGAAUGUCUACGACUGAUGAAUCCACAGAAGAGUUGUUAACUGAAAGACCUUUGACCACAAUUCCACAGACAACUGGAUCAAAAGAUGUAGAAACUACUAGAUCUGGAAUGUCUACGACUGAGGAAUCUACAGAAGAGUUGUCAACUGAAACCCCUCUCAUCACAAUUCCACAGACAACUGAUGUAGAUGAUGUAGAAGACACUGAUGGUGAUGUAGAAAAUACUAGAUCUGGAAUGUCUACGACAGAGAAAUCUACAGAAGAGAUGUCAACUAAACCAUCACAGACCACAAUUCCACAAAAAACUGAUGUAGAUGAUGUAGAAACUACUACAUUUGGAAUGUCUUCGACAGAUGGAUCUACAGAAGAGUUGUCAAUUGAAACACAUCUGCCCACAAUUCCACAGGCAACUGAUGUAGAUGAUGUAGUAACUACUGGCUCAGGAAUUUCUACGACAAAGUUAUCAACAAAAGAGUUGUCAACUGAAACACCUCUCAUCACAAUUCCACAGACAACAGGCCCAAGUGAUGUAGAAACUACUAGAUCUGAAAUGUCUACGAGAGAGGAAUCUACAAAAGACUUUUCAACUGCAACAACUAUGACCACAAUUCCACACACAACAGAUAUAGAUGAUGUAGAAACAACAGGUUCAGGAAUUUCUACGACAAAGUUAUCAACAGAAGAGUUGUCAACUGAAACACCUCUUACAACAAUUCUACAGACAACUGGCCCAAGUGAUGUAGAAACUACUAGACCUGGAAUGUCUACGACAGAAAAAUCUACAGAAGAGUUGUCAACUAAACUACCUCGGACCACAAUUCCACAGACAACUGAUGAAGAUGAUGUAGAAACUACUACAUAUGGAAUGUCUUCGACAGAUGGAUCUACAGAAGAGUUGUCAACUGAAACGCAUCUGACUACAAUUCCACAGACAAUUGCCCCAAGUGAUGUAGAAACUACAAGAUCUGGAAUGUCUACGACAGAGGAAUCUACAGAAAAGUUGUCAACUGAAACACCUCUCAUGACAAUACCACAGACAACUGGCCCAAGAGAUGCAGAAACUACUAGACCUAGAAUGUCUACGACAGAGGAAUCUACAGAAGAGUGGUCAACUAAAGUACCUCUCACCACAAUUCCACAGACAAUUGAUGUAGAUGAUGUAGAAAACACUGGGUCUGGAAUUUCUACGACAAAGUCAUUCACAGAAGACUUGUCAACUGAAAAGCCUCUGACCACAGUUCCACACAAAACUGGCAAAAGUGAUGUAGAAACUACUAGAUCUGGAAUGUCUACGACAGAGGAAUCUACAGAAGAGAUGUCAACUAAUCCACCUCUGACCACAAUUCCACAGACAACUGAUGUAGAUGAUGUAGAAACUACUACAUAUGGAAUGUCUUCGACAGAUGGAACUACAAAAGAGUUGUCAACUGAAACGCAUCUGACCACAAUUCCACAGACAACUGAUAUAGAUGAUGUAGUAACUACUGGCUCAGGAAUUUCUACGACAAAGUUAUCAACAAAAGAGUUGUUAACUGAAACACCUCUUACAACAAUUCCACAGACAACUGUCCCAAGUGAUAUAGAAACUACUGGCUCUGUAAUUUCUACUACAAAGUCAUCAACAGAAGAGUUGUCAACUAAACAACCUCAGACCAAAAUUCCACAGACAACUGAAGUAGAUGAUAUAGAAGGUACUACAUAUGGAGUGUCUACGACAGAUGAAUUCACAGAAGAUUUGUCAACUAAUCCACCUCAAACCACAAUUCCACGGACAACUGAUGUAGUUGAUGUAGAAACUACUGGCUCUGGAAUUUCUGCCACUACAGAAGAGUUGUCAACUAAACCACCUCAGACCACAAUUCCAGAGACAACUGAUGUAGAUGAUGAAGAAAUUACUGGGUCUGGAAUUUCUUCCACAAGGUCAUCGACAGAAGAGUUGUCAACUGAAACACCUCUCACCACAAUUCCACAAACAACUGGCCCAAGGGAUGUAGAAACUACUAGAUCCAGAAUGUCUACGACAGAGGAAUCUACAGAAGAUUUGUCAACUAUAAAACCUUUGACCACAAUACCACACAAAACUGACGUAGAUGAUGUAAAAACUACUGGCUCUGGAAUUUCUAGGACAAAGUCAUCAACAGGAGAGUUGUCAACUGAAAGACGUCUGACCACAAUUCCACAGACAACUGGCACAAGUAAUGUAGAAACUACUAGAUCUGGAAUGUCUACGACAAAGGAAUCUACAGAAGAGUUGUCAGCUGUAACACAUCUGACCACAAUUCCACACACAACUGAUUUAGAUGAUGCAGAAACUACUGGCUUUGGAAUUUCUACGACAAAGUCAUCAACAGAAAAGUUGUCAACUGAAAGACCUCUGACCACAAUUCCACAGACAACUGGCACAAGUGACGUAGAAACUACUAGAUCUGGAAUGUCUACGACAGAGCACUCUACAGGAGAGAUGUCAUCCAAACCACCACAGACCACAACUCCACAGAAAACUGAUGUAGAUGAUGCAGAAACUACAACAUAUGGAAUGUCUUCGACAGAUGGAUCUACAGAAGAGUUGUCAAUUGAAACACCUCUGACCACAAUUCCACAGACAACUAAUAUAGAUGAUGUAGUAACCACUGGCUCAGGAAUUUCUACGACAAAGUUAUCAACAAAAGAGUUGUCAACUGAAACACCUUUUACAAAAAUUCCACAGACAACUGUCACAAGUGAUGUAGAAACUACUAAAACUGGAAUGUCUACGACAGAGGAAUCAACAGAAGAGUUGUCAACUAAAACACCUCUGACCACAAUUCCACAGACAACUGGCCCACCAAGUGAUAUAGAAACUACUAGAUCCGGAAUGUCUACGACAGAGGAAUCUACAGAAGAGUUUUCAACCGAAACACCAACUGAUGCAGAUGAUGUAGAAACCACUGGCUCUGGAAUUACUACGACAAAGUCGUCAACAGAAGAGUUGUCAACUGAAACACCUUUCACCACGAUUCCACAGACAACUGGCCCAAGUGAUGUAGAAACUACUAGAUCUGGAAUGUCUACGACAGAAAAAUCUACAGAAGAGUUGUCAUCUGUAACACCUCUCACCAGAAGUCCACACACAACUGAUUUAGAUGGUGCAGAAACUACUGGCUUUGGAAUUUCUUCGACAAAGUCAUCAACAGAAGAGUUGUCAAAUGAAAAACCUCUGACCACAAUUCCACAGACAACUGGCCCAAGUGAUAUAGAAACUACUAGAUCUAGAAUGUCUACGACAGAGGAAUCUACAGAAGAGUUGUCAACUGUAACACAUCUGACCACAAAUCCACACACAACUGAUUUAGAUGAUGCAGAAACUACUGGCUUUGGAAUUUCUACGACAAAGUCAUCAACAGAAAAGUUGUCAACUGAAACACCUCUCACCACAAUUCCACAGACAACUGGCCCAAGUGAUGUAGAAACUACUAGAUCUGGAAUGUCUAUGACAGAGGAAUCUACAGAAGAGAUGACAACCAAACCACCACAGACCACAAUUACACAGAAAACUGAUAUAGAUGAUGUAGAAACUUCAACAUAUGGAAUGUCUUCGACAGAUAGAUCUACAGAAGAGUUGUCAGCUGAAACACAUCUGACCACAAUUCCACAGACAACUGAUAUACAUGAUAUAGAAACUACUGGCUCAGAAAUUUCUACGACAAAGUUAUCAACAAAAGAGUUGUCAACUGAAACACCUCUUACAACAAUUCCACAGACAACUGUCACAAGUGAUGUAGAAACUACUAGAACUGGAAUGUCUACGACAGAGGAAUCAACAGAAGAGUUGUCAACUAAAACACCUCUGACCACAAUUCCACAGACAACUGGCCCACCAAGUGAUAUAGAAACUACUAGAUCUGGAAUGUCUACGACAGAGGAAUCUACAGAAGAGUUUUCAACCGAAACACCAACUGAUGCAGAUGAUGUAGAAACCACUGGCUCUGGAAUUACUACGACAAAGUCGUCAACAGAAGAGUUGUCAACUGAAACACCUCUUACAACGAUUCCACAGACAACUGGCCCAAGUGAUAUAGAAACUACUAGAUCUGGAAUGUCUACGAUAGAGGAAUCUACAGAAGAGUUGUCAACUGAAAUACCUCUCACCAAAAUUCCACAGACAACUGAUGUAGAUGAAGUAGAAACUACUGGCUCUGGAAUUUCUACGACAAAGUCAUCCACAGAAGCGCUGUCAACUGAAAAACCUCUAACCACAAUUCCACAGACAAGUGGCCCAAGUGCGGUAGAAACUACUAGAUCUGGAAUGUCUACGACAGAGGAAUCUACAGAAGAAAUGUCAACUAAACCAACACAGACCACAAUUAGGCAGACAACUGAUGUAGAUGAAGAAGAAACUACUACAUAUGGAAUGUCUACGGCAGAGGAAUCUUCAAAAGAGUUGUCAACUGCAACACCUUUCACCACAAUUCCACUGACAACUGGCCCAACUGAUGUAGAAACUACUAGACCUGGAAUGUCUACGACAGAAGAAUCAACAGAAGAGUUGUCAACUAAAACACCUCUGACCACAAUUCCACAGACAACUGAUGUAGAUGAUAUAGAAACUACUGGCUCAGUAUCUACUAGAUCUGGAAUGUCUACGCCACAGGAAUCUACAGAAGAGUUGUCAACUGAAACACCUCCGACAACAGUUCCAAAGACAACUAGCGUAGGUCAUGUAGAAACUACUAGAUCUGGAUUGCCUACGACAGAGGAAUCUACAGAAGAGUUGUCAACUGAAAAACCUAUGACCACAAUUCCACACACAACUGGCCCAAGUGCGGUAGAAACUACUAGAUCUGGAAUGUCUAUUACAGAGGUAUCUACAGAAGAGAUGUCAACUACACCAAUUCUGACUACAAUUCCACAGACAACUGGCCCAGGUGAUGUUGAAACAACUAGAUCUGGAAUGUCUACGACAGAGGAAUCUUUAGAAGAGUUGUCAACUGAAACACCUCUCACCACAAUUACACAGACAACUGGCCCAAGUGACGUAAACACUACUAAGUCUGGAACGUCUACGAUAGAGGAAGAGUUGUCAACUGAAACACCUCUCCCUACAACUCCCGGCAACCCAGAGAAAGACUGCAGUGAGUCCAGUAGUUGCGAAUUAUCCCAGAGUAUAGAAAGGGACUGUAAAAAUUCCGAAAGUUGCAGCUCAUCUUCGGAAAGUGAAGAAAGUAAAUCACAAAAUUGUAUGGAGUCAAGAAGUUGCGACACUUCAGUAAGUAAAGAAACAGACUGUAAAUCAUCACAAAGUUGCGAUAGUUCAUCUGAAAGUAAAGAUAAAGAGUGUGAAAUUUCAAAAAGUUGUGACGAUUCAUCCGAAAGUAAGGAACACAGCAAAGAAAAAAGCUGCGGUGACUCCAUUACUUGUGACACUUCAUCAGAAAGUAAGUCAUAUGAAUGUUCACUGUCGAAAAAUUGUGACUCCUCAUCAGAAAUUGAAGAACCAGAAUGUAAAUCAUCACAGAGUUGCAAUAGUUCAUCAGAAAGUAAAGAAAAUUCCUGUGAAAAAUCGAAAUCUUGCGAUAGCCAGGAAAAAGAAUGCGACUCGUCGACGGAAACUAAAGAAAUCAAUUGUAGUUACAACUCUACAGUAAGAACACCCACUAUACCUUCCAUAACGGAACUUAGCACCACUCCACAAACAACCGAGGAAACGGCAGAAAUCUCAACUGAAAACCCCCUCCCUACAACUCCCCAGACAACUGGCCUAAGUGAUGUAGAAACCACUAGAUCUAGAAUGUCUACGACAGAGGAAUCUACAGAAGAGUCGUCAACUGAAGCAUUUCUCACCACAAUUCCACAUACAACAGGCCCAAGUGAUGUAGAAACCACUAGAUCUGACAUGUCUACGAGAGAGGAAUCUACAAAAGACUUUUCAACUGCAACACCUCUGACCACCAUUCCACACACAACAGAUAUAGAUGAUGUAGAAACAACUGGUUCUGGGAUUUCUACGACAAAGUUAUCAACAGAAGAGUUGUCAACUGAAACACCUCUUACAACAAUUCCACAGACAACUGGCCCAAGUGAUGUAGAAACUACUAGGCCUGGAAUAUCUACGACAGAGGAAUCUUCAGAAGAGUUGUCAACUGAAACACCUCCGACCACAAUACCACAGAAAACUGGCACAAGUGAUGUAGAAACUACUAGAUCUGGAAUGACUACGACAGAGGAAUCUACAGAAGAGAUGUCAACUGAUGUAGAUGAUGUAGAAACUACUACUUAUGGAAUGUCUACGACUGAUGAAUCUACAGAAGAAUUGUUAACUGAAAGACCUUUGACCACAAUUCCACAGACAACUGGAUCAAAAGAUGUAGAAACUACUAGACCUGGAAUGUCGACGACAGAGGAAUCUUCAGAAGAGUUGUCAACUGCAACACCUUUCACCACAAUCCCACAGACAACUGGCCCAAGUGAUGUAGAAACUACUAGAUCAGGAAUGUCUACGACUGAGGAAUCAACAGAAGAGUUGUCAACUGAAACACCUCUCAUCACAAUUCCACAGACAACUGGCCCAAGAGAUGCAGAAACUACUAGAUCUAGAAUGUCUUCGACAGAGGAAUCUACAGAAGACUUGUCAACUGUAACACAUCUGACCACAAUUCCACACACAACUGAUUUAGAUGAUGCAGAAACUACCGGCUUUGGAAUUUCUACGACAAAGUCAUCAACAGAAAAGUUGUCAACUGAAAGACCUCUGACCACAAUUCCACAGACAACUGGCCCAAGUGAUGUAGAAACUACUAGAUCUGGAAUGACUACGACAGAGGAAUCUACAGAAGAGAUGUCAACUAAACUACCUCGGACCAGAAUUCCACAAACAACUGAUGUAGAUGAUGUAGAAACUACUACUUAUAGAAUGUCUACGACUGAUGAAUCUACAGAAGAGUUGUUAACAGAAAGACCUUUGACCACAAUUCCACAGACAACUGGAUCAAAAGAUGUAGAAACUACUAGACUUGGAAUGUCUACGACAGAGGAAUCAACAGAAGAGUUUUCAACUGAAACACCUCUCAUCACAAUUCCACAGACAACUGGACCAAGAGAUGCAGAAACUACUAUAUCUAGAAUGUCUUCGAUAGAGGAAUCUACAGAAGAGUUGUCAACUGUAACACAUCUGACCACAAUUCCACACACAACUGAUGCAGAAACUACUGGCUUUGGAAUUUCUACGACAAAGUCAUCAACAGAAAAGUUGUCAACUGAAAGACCUCUGACCACAAUUCCACAGACAACUGGAUCAAAAGAUGUAGAAACUACUAGACCUGAAAUGUCGACGACAGAGGAAUCUGCAGAAGAGUUGUCAACUGCAACACCUUUCACCACAAUUCCACAGACAACUGGCCCAAGUGAUGUAGAAACUACUAGAUCUGGAAUGUCUACGACAGAGGAAUCAACAGAAGAGUUGUCAACUGAAAAACCUCUGACCACAAUUCCACAGACAACUGGCCCAAGUGAUGUAGAAACUACUAGAUCUAGAAUGUCUACGACAGAGGAAUCUACAGAAGAGUUGUCAACUGUAACACAUCUGACCACAAUUCCACACACAACUGAUUUAGAUGAUGCAGAAACUACUGGCUUUGGAAUUUCUACGACAAAGUCAUCAACAGAAAAGUUGUCCACUGAAAGACCUCUGACCACAAUUCCACAGACAACUGGCCCAAGUGAUGUAGAAACUACUAGUUCUGGAAUGUCUACGACAGAGGAAUCUUUAGUAGGGAUGUCAACCAAACCACCACAGACCACAAUUCCACAGAAAACUGAUAUAGAUGAUGUAGAAACUUCAACAUAUGGAAUGUCUUCGACAGAUAGAUCUACAGAAGAGUUGUCAGCUGAAACACAUCUGACCACAAUUCCACAGACAACUGAUAUACAUGAUGUAGAAACUACUGGCUCAGAAAUUUCUACGACAAAGUUAUCAACAAAUGAGUUGUCAACUGAAACACCUCUUACAACAAUUCCACAGACAACUGUCACAAGUGAUGUAGAAACUACUAGAACUGGAAUGUCUACGACAGAGGAAUCAACAGAAGAGUUGUCAACUAAAACACCUCUGACCACAAUUCCACAGACAACUGGCCCACCAAGUGAUAUAGAAACUACUAGAUCUGGAAUGUCUACGACAGAGGAAUCUACAGAAGAGUUUUCAACCGAAACACCAACUGAUGCAGAUGAUGUAGAAACCACUGGCUCUGGAAUUACUACGACAAAGUCGUCAACAGAAGAGUUGUCAACUGAAACACCUCUUACAACGAUUCCACAGACAACUGUCCCAAGUGAUAUAGAAACUACUAGAUCUGGAAUGUCUACGAUAGAGGAAUCUACAGAAGAGUUGUCAACUGAAAUACCUCUCACCAAAAUUCCACAGACAACUGAUGUAGAUGAAGUAGAAACUACUGGCUCUGGAAUUUCUACGACAAAGUCAUCCACAGAAGCGCUGUCAACUGAAAAACCUCUAACCACAAUUCCACAGACAAGUGGCCCAAGUGCGGUAGAAACUACUAGAUCUGGAAUGUCUACGACAGAGGAAUCUACAGAAGAAAUGUCAACUAAACCAACACAGACCACAAUUAGGCAGACAACUGAUGUAGAUGAAGAAGAAACUACUACAUAUGGAAUGUCUACGGCAGAGGAAUCUUCAAAAGAGUUGUCAACUGCAACACCUUUCACCACAAUUCCACUGACAACUGGCCCAACUGAUGUAGAAACUACUAGACCUGGAAUGUCUACGACAGAAGAAUCAACAGAAGAGUUGUCAACUAAAACACCUCUGACCACAAUUCCACAGACAACUGAUGUAGAUGAUAUAGAAACUACUGGCUCAGUAUCUACUAGAUCUGGAAUGUCUACGCCACAGGAAUCUACAGAAGAGUUGUCAACUGAAACACCUCCGACAACAGUUCCAAAGACAACUAGCGUAGGUCAUGUAGAAACUACUAGAUCUGGAUUGCCUACGACAGAGGAAUCUACAGAAGAGUUGUCAACUGAAAAACCUAUGACCACAAUUCCACACACAACUGGCCCAAGUGCGGUAGAAACUACUAGAUCUGGAAUGUCUAUUACAGAGGUAUCUACAGAAGAGAUGUCAACUACACCAAUUCUGACUACAAUUCCACAGACAACUGGCCCAGGUGAUGUUGAAACAACUAGAUCUGGAAUGUCUACGACAGAGGAAUCUUUAGAAGAGUUGUCAACUGAAACACCUCUCACCACAAUUACACAGACAACUGGCCCAAGUGACGUAAACACUACUAAGUCUGGAACGUCUACGAUGGAGGAAGAGUUGUCAACUGAAACACCUCUCCCUACAACUCCCGGCAACCCAGAGAAAGACUGCAGUGAGUCCAGUAGUUGCGAAUUAUCCCAGAGUAUAGAAAGGGACUGUAAAAAUUCCGAAAGUUGCAGCUCAUCUUCGGAAAGUGAAGAAAGUAAAUCACAAAAUUGUAUGGAGUCAAGAAGUUGCGACACUUCAGUAAGUAAAGAAACAGACUGUAAAUCAUCACAAAGUUGCGAUAGUUCAUCUGAAAGUAAAGAUAAAGAGUGUGAAAUUUCAAAAAGUUGUGACGAUUCAUUCGAAAGUAAGGAACACAGCAAAGAAAAAAGCUGCGGUGACUCCAUUACUUGUGACAUUUCAUCAGAAAGUAAGUCAUAUGAAUGUAUACUGUCGAAAAAUUGUGACUCCUCAUCAGAAAUUAAAGAACCAGAAUGUAAAUCAUCACAGAGUUGCAAUAGUUCAUCAGAAAGUAAAGAAAAUUCCUGUGAAAAAUCGAAAUCUUGCGAUAGCCAGGAAAAAGAAUGCGACUCGUCGACGGAAACUAAAGAAAUCAAUUGUAGUUACAACUCUACAGUAAGAACACCCACUAUACCUUCCAUAACGGAACUUAGCACCACUCCACAAACAACCGAGGAAACGGCAGAAAUCUCAACUGAAAACCCCCUCCCUACAACUCCCCAGACAACUGGCCUAAGUGAUGUAGAAACCACUAGAUCUAGAAUGUCUACGACAGAGGAAUCUACAGAAGAGUCGUCAACUGAAGCAUCUCUCACCACAAUUCCACAUACAACAGGCCCAAGUGAUGUAGAAACCACUAGAUCUGACAUGUCUACGAGAGAGGAAUCUACAAAAGACUUUUCAACUGCAACACCUCUGACCACCAUUCCACACACAACAGAUAUAGAUGAUGUAGAAACAACUGGUUCUGGGAUUUCUACGACAAAGUUAUCAACAGAAGAGUUGUCAACUGAAACACCUCUUACAACAAUUCCACAGACAACUGGCCCAAGUGAUGUAGAAACUACUAGGCCUGGAAUGUCUACGACAGAGGAAUCUUCAGAAGAGUUGUCAACUGAAACACCUCCGACCACAAUACCACAGACAACUGGCACAAGUGAUGUAGAAACUACUAGAUCUGGAAUGACUACGACAGAGGAAUCUACAGAAGAGAUGUUAACUGAAACACCUCUCAUCACAAUUCCACAGACAACUGGCCCAAGAGAUGCAGAAACUACUAGAUCUAGAAUGUCUUCGACAGAGGAAUCUACAGAAGACUUGUCAACUGUAACACAUCUGACCACAAUUCCACACACAACUGAUUUAGAUGAUGCAGAAAGUACCGGCUUUGGAAUUUCUACGACAAAGUCAUCAACAGAAAAGUUGUCAACUGAAAGACCUCUGACCACAAUUCCACAGACAACUGGAUCAAAAGAUGUAGAAACUACUAGACCUGGAAUGUCGACGACAGAGGAAUCUUCAGAAGAGUUGUCAACUGCAACACCUUUCACCACAAUCCCACAGACAACUGGCCCAAGUGAUGUAGAAACUACUAGAUCUGGAAUGACUACGACAGAGGAAUCUACAGAAGAGAUGUCAACUGAAACACCUCUCAUCACAAUUCCACAGACAACUGGCCCAAGAGAUGCAGAAACUACUAGAUCUAGAAUGUCUUCGACAGAGGAAUCUACAGAAGACUUGUCAACUGUAACACAUCUGACCACAAUUCCACACACAACUGAUGUAGAUGAUGUAGAAACUACUACUUAUGGAAUGUCUACGACUGAUGAAUCUACAGAACAAUUGUUAACUGAAAGACCUUUGACCACAAUUCCACAGACAACUGGAUCAAAAGAUGUAGAAACUACUAGACCUGGAAUGUCGACGACAGAGGAAUCUUCAGAAGAGUUGUCAACUGCAACACCUUUCACCACAAUCCCACAGACAACUGGCCCAAGUGAUGUAGAAACUACUAGAUCAGGAAUGUCUACGACUGAGGAAUCAACAGAAGAGUUGUCAACUGAAACACCUCUCAUCACAAUUCCACAGACAACUGGCCCAAGAGAUGCAGAAACUACUAGAUCUAGAAUGUCUUCGACAGAGGAAUGUACAGAAGACUUGUCAACUGUAACACAUCUGACCACAAUUCCACACACAACUGAUUUAGAUGAUGCAGAAACUACCGGCUUUGGAAUUUCUACGACAAAGUCAUCAACAGAAAAGUUGUCAACUGAAAGACCUCUGACCACAAUUCCACAGACAACUGGCCCAAGUGAUGUAGAAACUACUAGAUCUGGAAUGACUACGACAGAAGAAUCUACAGAAGAUAUGUCAACUGAACUACCUCGGACCACAAUUCCACAAACAACUGAUGUAGAUGAUGCAGAAACUACAACAUAUGGAAUGUCUUCGACAGAUGGAUCUACAGAAGAGUUGUCAACUGAAACACAUCUGACCACAAUUUCACAGACAACUAAUAUAGAUUAUGUAGUAACUACUGGCUCAGUAAUUUCUACGACAAAGUUAUCAACAAAAGAGUUGUCAACUGAAACACCUUUUAUAACAAUUCCACAGACAACUGUCCCAAGUGAUGUAGAAACUACUAUAUCUGCAAUGUCUACGACAGAGGAAUCUACAGAAGAGUUGUCUACUGAAACACCUCUCACCAGAAGGCCACACACAACUGAUAUAGAUGGUGCAGAAACUACUGGCUUUGGAAUUUCUACGACAAAGUCAUCAACAGAAGAGUUGUCAACUGAAGAACCUCUGACCACAAUUCCGUACACAACUGGCCCAAGUGAUGUAGAAUCUACUAGAUCUAUAAUGUCUACGACAGAGGAAUCUACAGAAGAGUUGUCAACUAAAAUACCUCUCACUACAAUUCCACAGACAACUGGCCCAAGUGAUGUAGAAACGACUAGAUCUGGAAUGUCUACGACAGAGGAAUCUUUAGAAGAGUUGUCAACUGAAACACCUCUCACCACAUUUCCACAGACAACUGGCACAAGUAAUGUAGAAACUACUAGGUCUGGAAUGUCGAUGACAGAGGAAUCUUUAGAAGAGUUGUCAACUGCAACACCUUUCACCACGAUUCCACAGACAACUGGCCCAAGUGAUGUAGAAACUACUAGAUCUGGAAUGUCUACGACAGAAAAAUCUAGAGAAGAGUUGUCAACUGAAACACCUCUCACCAGAAGUCCACACACAACUGAUAUAGAUGGUGCAGAAACUACUGGCUUUGGAAUUUCUACGACAAAGUCAUCAACAGAAGAGUUGUCAACUGAAAAACCUCUGACCACAAUUCCACAGACAACUGGCCCAAGUGAUAUAGAAACUACUAGAUCUAGAAUGUCUACGACAGAGGAAUCUACAGAAGAGUUGUCAACUGUAACACAUCUGACCACAAAUCAACACACAACUGAUUUAGAUGAUGCGGAAACUACUGGCUUUGGAAUUUCUACGACAAAGUCAUCAACAGAAAAGUUGUCAACUGAAACACCUCUCACCACAAUUCCACAGACAACUGUCCCAAGUGAUGUAGAAACUACUAGACCUGGAAUGUCUACGAAAAAGGAAUCUACAGAAGAGUGGUCAACUGAAACACCUCUCACCAGAAGUCCACACACAACUGAUAUAGAUGGAGCCGAAACUACUGGCUUUGGAAUUUCUACGACAAAGUCAUCAACAGAAGAGCUGUCUACUGAAAUACCUCCUACCACAAUUCAACACACAACUGGCCCAGGUGAUGUAGAAACUACUAUAUCUGGAAUGUCUACGACAGAGGAAUCUACGGAAGAGUUGUCAACUGAAACACCUCUCACCACAACUCCAAAGGCAACAGAUGUAGAAACUACUAGACCUGAAAUGUCUACGACGGAGGAAUCUACAGAAGAGAUGUCAACAAAACCACCACAGACCACAAUUUCAAAGACAACUGAUAUAGAAACUACUACAUAUGGAAUGUCUAUGACAGAUGAAUCUACAGAAGAUUUGUCAACUAAAACACAUCUGACCACAAUUCCACAGACAACUGAUGUAGAUGAUGUAGAAACCACUGGCACAAGCAUUUCUACGACAAGGUUAUCAACAGAAGAGUUGUCAACUGAAACACAUCUGACCACAAUUCCACAGACAACUGUCACAAGUGAUGUAGAAACUACUAGAACUGGAAUGUCUACGACAAAGUCAUCAACAGAAGAGUUGUCAACUGAAACACCUCUGACCACAAUUUCACAGACAACUCUCCCAAGUGAUACAGAAACUACUAGCUCUGGAAUUUCUUCGACAAAGUCAUCAACAGAAGAGUUGUCAACUGAAAAACCUCUGACCAUAAUUCCACACACAACUAAUGUAGAUGAUGUAGAAACUACUGGCUCCGGAAUUUCUACGACAAAGUCAUCAACAGAUGAGUUGUCAACUGAAAAACCUCUGACCACAAUUCCACAGACAACUGGUCCAAGUAUUGUAGAAACUACUAGAAUGUCUGGAAUGUCUACGACAAAGAAAUCUACAGAAGAGAUGUCAACUAAACCACAUCAGACAAUAAUUCUACAGACAACUGAUGUCGAUGAUGAAGAAACUACUGGGUCUGGAACUUCUUCGACAAGGUCAUCAACAGAAGAGUUGCCAACCGAAACACCUAUAACCACAAUUCCACAAACAUCUGGCCCAAGGGAUGUAGAAACUACUAGAUCUGGAAUUUCUACGACGGAAGAAUCAACAGAAGAGUUGUCAACUAUACCACCUCUGACCACAAUUCCACAGACAACUGGUCCAACUGAUGUAGAAACUACUAGAUCUGGAAUGUCUACGACAAAGCCAUCAACAGAAGAGUUGUCAACUAAAACACCUCUGACCACAAUUCCACAGACAACUGGACCAAGGGAUGCAGAAACUACUAGACCUGGAAUGUCUGCGACAGAGGAUUCUACAAAAGAGUUGUCAACUGAAACACCUCUGACCACAAUUCGAAAGACAACUAGCGCAGGUCAUGCAGAAACUACUGGUUCUGGAUUGUCUACGACAGAGAAAUCUACAAAAGAGUUGACCACAAUUUCACAGACAACUGAUGUAGAUGAUGUAGAAACUACUGUCUAUGAAAUUUCUACGAGAAAGUCAUCAACAGAAGAGUUGUCAACUGAAAAACCUAUGACCACAAUUCCACAGACAACUGGCAUAAGAGUGGUAGAAACUACUAGAUCUGGACUGUCUAUUACAGAGGUAUCUACAGAAGAGAUGUCAACUACACCAAUUCUGACCACAAUUCCCCAGACAACUGGCCCAAGUGAUGUAGAAACGACUAGAUCUGGAAUGUCUACGACAGAGGAAUCUUUAGAAGAGUUGUCAACUGAAACACCUCUCACCACAAUUUCACAGACAACUGGCCCAAGUGACGUAAACACUACUAAGUCUGGAACGCCUACGAUAGAGGAAGAGUUGUCAACUGAAACACCUCUCCCUACAACUCCCGGCAACCCAGAGAAAGACUGCAGUGAGUCCAGUAGUUGCGAAUUAUCCCAGAGUAUAGAAAGGGACUGUAAAAAUUCCGAAAGUUGCAGCUCAUCUUCGGAAAGAGAAGAAAGUAAAUCACAAAAUUGUAUGGAGUCAAGAAGUUGCGACACUUCAGUAAGUAAAGAAACAGACUGUAAAUCAUCACAAAGUUGCGAUAGUUCAUCUGAAAGUAAAGAUAAAGAGUGUGAAAGUUCAAAAAGUUGUGACGAUUCAUCCGAAAGUAAGGAACCACACAGCAAAGAAAAAAGCUGCGGUGACUCCAUUACUUGUGACAUUUCAUCAGAAAAAAUUAAAGAACCAGAAUGUAAAUCAUCACAGAGUUGCAAUAGUUCAUCAGAAAGUAAAGAAAAUUCCUGUGAAAAAUCGAAAUCUUGCGAUAGCCAGGAAAAAGAAUGCGACUCGUCGACGGAAACUAAAGAAAUCAAUUGUAGUUACAACUCUGCAGUAAGAACACCCACUAUACCUUCCAUAACGGAACUUAGCACCACUCCACAAACAACCGAGGAAACGGCAGAACUGUCAACUGAAAACCCCCUCCCCACAACUCUACCGACAACUGGCAUAAGUGAUGUAGAAACCACUAGAUCUAGAAUGUCUACGACAGAGGAAUCUAUAGAAGAGUUGUCAACUGAAGCACCUCUCACCACAAUUCCACAGCUAACAGGCCCAAGUGAUGUAGAAACUACUAGAUCUGGAAUGUCUACGACAGAGGAGUAUACAGAGGAGUUGUCAACUGAAACACUUCUGACCACAAUUCCACACACAACUUAUAUAGAUGAUGUAGAAACUACUGGCUCUGGAAUUUCUAUGACAAAGUCAACAACAGAAGAGUGGUCAACUAAAACACCUCUGACCACAAUUUCACAGACAACUGGCUCAAGAGAUGCAGAAACUACUAGAUCUGGAAUGUCUACAACAGAGAAAUCUACAGAAGAGCUGUCAACUGAAACACCUCUGACCACUAUUCCACAGACAACUGGCCCAAGUGAUGUAAAAACUACUAGAUCUGGAAUAUCUACAACAGAGAAAUAUACCGAAGAGCUUUCAAAUGAAACAUCUUUGACCACAAUUCCACAGACAACUGGCCCAAGUGAUAUAGAAACUACUAGAUCUGGAUUGUCUACGACAAAGGAAUCAACAGAAGAGUUGUCAACUGCAACACCUUUCACCACAAUUCCACAGACAACUGGCCCAAGUGAUAUAGAAACUACUAGACCUGGAAUGUCGACGAUAGAGAAAUCUACAGAAGAGAUGCCAACUAAAGCAACUCAGACCGCAAUUCCACAGACAACUGAUGAAGACGAUGUAGAAACAUAUGGAAUGUCUACGACAGCCGAAUCUACAGAAGAGUUGUCAACCGAAAAACCUCUGACCACUAUUCCACAGAAAAUUGAUGUGGAUGAUGUCGAAACUACUGGCUCUGGAAUUUCUACUACAAUGUCAUCAACAGAAGAGAUGUCCACUGAAAAACCUCUGACCACAAUUCCACAGACAACUGGCCCAAGUGAUAUAGAAACUACUAGAUCUGGAUUGUCUACGACAAAGGAAUCAAGAGAAGAGUUGUCAACUGCAACACCUUCCACCACAAUUCGACAGACAACUGUCCCAAGUGAUGUAGAAACUACUAGAUCUAGAAUGUCUUCGACAGAGGAAUCUACUGUUGCGAUGUCAACUAAACCACCUCAGACCACGAUUCCACAGACAAGUGGAUCAAGGGAUAUAGAAACUACUAGAUCUAGAAUUUCUACUACAGAAGAAUCUACCGAAAAGAUGUCAACUAAACCACCUCAGACCACAAUUCCACAGACAACUGGCCCAAGGGAUGUAGAAACUACUAGAUCUAGAAUGUCUACGACAGCCGAAUCUACAGAAGAGUUGUCAACUCUAACACUUCUGACCACAAUUCCACACACAACUGAUGUGGAUGAUGUAGAAACUACUGGCUCUGGAAUUUCUACUUCAAUGUCAUCAGCAGAAGAGUUGUCAACUGAAACACCUCAGACCACAAUUCCACAGACAACUGAUGUAGAUGAUGAAGAAACUACUGGGUCUGGGGUUUUUUCGACAAAGUCAUCAACAGAAGAGUUGUCAACUGUAACACCUCUGACCACAAUACCACAAACAACUGAUGUAGAAACUACUGGCACUGGAAUUUCUACAACAAAGCCAUCAACAGAAGAGUUGUCAACUGAAAGACCUCUGACCACAAUUCCACACAAAAGUGAUGUAGAUGAUGUAGAAACUACUGGCUCUGGUAUUUCUACGACAAAGUCAUCAACAGAAGAGUUGUCAACUGAAACACCUCUUACAACAAUUCCACAGACAACUGGCUCAAGUGAUAUAGAAACUACUAGAUCUGGAAUGUCUACGACAGAGGAAUCUACAGAAGAGUUGUCAACUGAAAUACCUCUCACCAAAAUUCCACAGACAACUGAUGUAGAUGAUGUAGAAACUACUGGCUCUGGAAUUUCUACGACAAAGUCAUCAACAGAAGAGUUGUCAACUGAAGAACCUCGGACCACAAUUCCACAGACAACUGGUCCAAGUAUUGUAGAAACUACUAGAUCUGGAAUGUAUACGACCGAGAAAUCUACAGAAGAGCUUUCAACUGAAACCCCUCUGGCAACUAUUUCACAGACAACUGGCCCAAGUGAUGUAGAAACUACUAGAUCUGGAAUGUCUACAACAGAGAAAUAUACAGAUCAGCUUUCAACUGAAGCACCUUUGACCACAAUUUUACAAACAACUGGACCAAGUGAUAUAGAAACUACUAGAUCUGGAUUGUCUACGACAGAGGAAUCUACGGAAGAGAUGUCAACUAAACCAACUCAGACCACAAUUCCACAGACAACUGAUGAAGGUGAUGUAGAAACUACUACAUAUGGAAUGUCUACAACAGAUGAAUCUACAGAAGAGUUGUCAUCUGAAACACCUGUGACCAUAAUUCCACACACAACUAAUGUAGAUGAUGUAGAAACUACUGGCUCUGGAAUUUCUACGACAAAGUCAUCAACAAAAGAGCUGUCAACUGAAAAACCUCUGACCACAAUUCCACAGACAACUGGCCCAAGUGUUGUAGAAACUACUAGAUCUGGAAUGUCGACGACAGACCAAUUUACAGAAGAGAUGUCAACUAAUCCAACUCAGACCAAAAUUCCACAGACAACUGAUGAAGAUGAAGUAGAAACUACUACAUAUGGAAUGUCUACUUCGGAUGAAUCUACAGAAGAGCUGUCAACUGAAACACCUCUGACCGCAAUUCCACAGACAACUGAUGUAGAUGAUGUACAAACUACCGGCUCUGAAAUUUCUUCGACAAAGUCAUCAACAGAAGAGCUGUCAACUGGAAUACCUCUAAGCACAAUUACACAGACAACUGGCCCAAGUAAUGUAGAAACUACUAGAUCUGGAAGGCCUACGACAGAGGAAUCUACAGAAGAGAUGUCAACUAAGCCACUUCAGACCACAAUUUCACAGACAACUGAUUUAGAUGAUGAAGGAACUACUACAUAUGGAAUGUCUACGACAGAUGAAUCUACAGAAGAGUUGUCAACUGAAACACCUCUGAUCACAAUUCCACAGACAACUGAUGUGGAUGACGUAGAAACUACUGUCUCUGGAAUUUUUUCGACAAAGUCAUCAACAGAAGAGUUGUUAACUUUAGCACCUCUGACCACAAUUCCACAGACAACUGGCCCUAGUGAUGUAGAAGAGUUGUCAACUAAAAAACCUCUGACCACAAUUCCACAGACAACUGGUCAAAGUGAUGUAGAAACUACUGUCUCUGGAAUUUUUUCGACAAAAUCAUCAACAGAAGAGUUGUCAACUUUAGCACCUCUGACCACAAUUCCACAGACAACUGGCCCAAGUGAUGUAGGAACUACUAGAUCUGGAAUGUCUACGACAGAGGAAUCUACAGAAGAGAUGUCAACUGAAUCACCUCCUACCACAAUUUCACAGACAACUGGCCCAAGUGAUGUAGAAACUACUAGAUCUCCAAUGUUUACAACAGAGAAAUAUACAGAAGAGCUGUCAACUGAACCACCUCCUACCACAAUUUCACAGACAACUGGCCCAAGUGAUGUAGAAACUACUAGAUCUGGAAUGUCUACGACAGAAGAGAUGUCAAGUAAACCCCCUCUGACCACAAUUCCACAGACAACUGAUGUAGAUGAUGUAGAAACUACUAGAUCUGGAAUUUCUACGACAAAGUUAUUAACAGAAGAGUUGUCAACUGAAACACCUCUCACCACAAUUCCACAGACAACUGGCUCAAGUGAUGUAGAAACUACUAGAUCUGAAAUGUCUACGAAAGAGGAACUUACCGAAGAGUUUUCAACUGAAACACCUCUCACCACAAUUCCGCAGACAACUGGCCCAGGGUAUGAAUUGUCAACCGAAUCCUCUACCAAAAUUCCACAGACAAGUGACCCAAGUGAUGAAGAAUCUACAGAAGAGUGGUCUAAAGAAAAGGAUUGUUCAGAGGUAAACAAUUGUAGCACGUCAUCAGAAAGCGAAAGUAAAGAUUGUAAUGGAUCGCUGAGUUGUUCUUCAUCUUUAAGUAGCCUAGAAAAGGAUUGUGAAUUGUCAGGUAAAUGUGAUUUAUCUUUAGAAACUGCAGAUCAGGAUUGUGGUAAAAAUUGUGAUUCAAAAUAUUCGGAUGAAGAUUGUAAAAUAUCUGGAAAUUGUGAAGAAUCAUCAGAAAGUGUGUCAAAUAACGAAGCAAAUUGUGAAAGUUCUAAUAAUUGCGACGAGGGAGAGAAGAAAGGCUGCCAGAAUUCGAAAAAUUGUAACAUGUCAUCCGAUAGCGAAGAUACAAAUUGUAAAAAUUCCGAAAAUUGUAAUAAAUCAUCAGAAAGCGAAGAUAAAAGUUGUGACUGUGACUCAUCAGCAGAGAGUGUGUAUGAUGAAAGUUGUGGUAAAUCGGGGGAUUGUAAUAAGCCAUUAGAAAGCGAAGAAGAAAGCUGUGAUAAAACGAGUAAUUGUAACAGCGCAUCAGGAAGCAACGGAGAGGGAUGUGAUUGCAGCGAAUCCUCCGAAAAUUCCAACAAAAGAUGUGACAAAUCGAAGAAUUGUGACAAAGCAUCAAAUAGCGAAGAAAAAAGUUGUAAUAAAACCAGGAAUUGUAAUAAUUCAUCAGAAAGCUGUGACUGUGACUCAUCAUCAAAGAGCGUAGAUGAAAGUUGCAACAAAUCAGAGGAUUGCAACAAUACAUUAGACUCAUCAACGAAUAGCAAAGAGGAACAAUGUGACAAAUCAAAUGAUUGUAACAAAACGUCAGAGAGUGAAGAAAAAAGCUGUGAGAAAUCUAUGAAUUGUGACAAAUCAUUAGAAAGCGAAGAAAAAGGUUGUGACUGUAGCUUUUCUUCCGAAAAUGUCAACAAUAGUUGUAACAGUUCGAAAAAGUGUGACAAAUCUUUAGAUAGCAAAGAAAACACUUGUUACAAAUCAAAAAAUUGCGACAGUUUAUCAGAAAGCGAAGGAAAAAGUUGUGAUUGUGACUCUUCAUCAAAGAGCUUAAAUAAUAGUUGUGACAAAUCGAAGGAUUGUGAUAAAACACUAGAGAGCGAAGAAAAAAGCUGUGACAUCUCUAGAAAUUGUGAUAAUUCAUCAGAAUCGGAAGAUAGAAGUUGUGAUGGGUCGAAGAAUUGUGAUAAAUCGUUCGAAAGUGCCGAAAAAGAUUGUAAUAAAUCGAAUGGGAGAGAUUGUGAUACAUCUUCCAUCAGCGCAAUGUCAUCACAACAAAAAAUGCCAUUUCCAAAGAUACGGAAGCAUCAACGAAGAGUUCAAAUGAAAAAAGAUUAACCGACGAAAAAGUAACUACAGAUUCAACUUUAUUGUCACAAUCGACCACAUCUUCAAAAAAUUUUGUCACAAAUAAAGAAAUAUUAACAACUGAAAAGCCCGAUUGUAUCUCAGCAAAAUCAACUAACCAGCCAUUGGAACCCGUAUCAA